UAGAGUGUCAGUGGCCAUUGUUUUGGAGUUCGAAGGGUUUAAGAAGAUGCUCUCAAAAUUGCAGAGAGCUACGACGCUCUUUUCCGCUACAAAACCCAAUACCAAUGCUUUGCGCCGUUUCCUCUUCCUUAACUCGCUAUGCACCAGUACUGCCUCUACCCAAGUCACGGAAUCACCUGAGCUUCCGAAUUGGGUCAAAGUCGUUCCCUCAAAAACUGCUACUGAUGAAGGAGAUGAUGACGAUGAUUUUGUUAUUCCUUCUCUCGCUCAUUGGGUCGAAUCGCCGAUUCUAAGGCUUGUUGAACUUGAAGCCCGUAAACAACUUCUCAACGAGACUACCGAGCCAGAUAUCGAUAAGCUGAGCAGGGUUCUUAAAAAAAGGUACGCUUCUCCUGAAGAAGUAGCUCAAGCUCUUGAUAGGUGUGGUUUAAAUUUAUCAGUUGGUUUAGUGGAACAGGUUUUAAAUCGAUUUAGCAAUCAAUGGGUUUCGGCUUUCGGUUUUUUCACUUGGGCAGGAACACAAACAGGUUAUAAGCAUUCCCCAGAAUCAUAUAAUCUCAUGGUUGAUAUCUUGGGAAAAACCGAUAAGUUCCAGCUUAUGUGGGGAUUGAUUGAGGUAAUGAGCUAUUUGGAUGGGUACAUUUCGAUGGUCACAAUGGCGAAGGUCAUUAGGAGACUUGCAAGAGCUCAUUUGUAUGAGGAAGCCAUUGCUGCUUUUAGGGGAAUUGAGAGACUUGGCAUAAGCAAGGACAUCUCUGGUUUGAACAUUCUUCUGGACACACUGGUCAAGGAGAAUAGUAUUGAGCAUGCCCAGGAAGUUUUUCUGGAGUUCAGGGAUGUAAUACCUGUGAAUACUACAAGUUUCAACAUUUUAGUACAUGGGUGGUGCAAAGUUAGGAAGUUUGAUACUGCUAGGGCAACUAUGGAGGAUAUGGAGAAACAUGGGUAUCAGCCCAAUGCAUUUACUUAUACUUGUUUCGUCGAAUCUUACUGUCACGAAAAGGAUUUUCGAAAUGUCGAUGCCAUUCUUGAUGAAAUGAAGGCCAAAGGUUGUGCCCCAACUGUUGUCACAUACACUAUAAUAAUGCAUGCUUUAGGGAAAGCUAAACAGAUAAAUGAAGCUUUGGGGGUUUGUGAGAAAAUGAAAAGGGAUGGUUGUGUUCCUGAUUCUUCUUUUUUUAACUCUUUGAUUUUCAUUCUUGGCAAAGCGGGAAGGUUGAAAGAUGCUGAGGAUGUGUUCGAUGAUAUGCCAAAGCAAGGAGCUACCCCAGAUGCGGUAACCUACAAUACUUUGAUUUCUUGUUAUUGUGACCAUUCACAAGAAGAGAAAGCUCUGAAAUUGCUUAAGAAAAUGGAAGAUGAAUCUUGCAAACCGGACCUCAAAACUUACGCUGCCUUGUUGAAAAUGUGCUGCAAGAAGAGGAGGAUGAAGGUGCUUCACUUUCUGCUUAACCAUAUGUUUAACAACGACAUAAGUAUUGAAAUUUCAACAUAUUCUAUUCUGAUUAGUGGGCUAUGCAAGAGUGGGAGAGUUGAACAAGCUUAUUCCUUCUUUAAGGAAAUGAUUUCAAAGGAUAUGAUUCCCCAGGACAGUGUUUAUAAUAGGUUGAAGAAGGAACUUGAGGCCAAGAACAUGGUAAAGGAAAAGGAAGAUAUAGAGAAAUUGGUUUUGAGGGUCAGUGAGACAAUUCCUUAGUCAAAACUAUGUAUGUUUGGGACCACUUUGGCAAGUGUCACAGCUAUCUAUUAUAGAGUUUUUGCUUAGUUUUAAUACAUCUUGUGUUUGUUGUUUUGCACUUUUAUGUUUAUGGUUUAUUUCACAAUUUUGUAAUGAAAAGAGGUUGGCUUUGAGUUGCA